AUGGAGAAUUUGCGCAGGGAUUUGAUAAAAAGAAUAGCGAUAUCUUGUAAGGAGCGUGACGUAGACACGACUAAAGAUUUCGUCUCCUUCUUGCUCACUUUGUUUCAAUUAAACCCUACAUAUGAAAUUAAAGCGGACAACGAAGAAAAUAACGAGAAAAUUAUUCAGGCGAUAGUGGAAAAAAUAUGCGAACAAGAUAAGCCAAGUUUAACCGUAUUAAAAACUCAAUUGUAUUUCGCGAAACAUUAUCACGACAGAGAUGAGACUGUUAAGGGGCACAGGCUACGUUUGCAUCAGAAAACUGGGCCAAUGGUGGCGGAAAUUUGUCACACCGAGAAAAUUUCGAACAAACAAGAGUCCGAAAGACUGUACCAAAAAAUGCUGGUGGUCGUUACUUUUCUGAGCGGCCUUGGAAAUCCUACCGUGCCCUUAGUGGUUAGAGAAGUUUCGGUAGCGUUACAAAGCGUUUUUCAACCUAUGGAAUUGGAGCAGUACGUGAAAAUGACUAAACGCGAGAAGGAGGAGCAGCUGAUGGAACUGAUGUGCAUAGUUGCGGGAAUACGUUUGUUCAACAGAGAUUGUCAACGCGGAGGAGAAGGCAUCGACGACCUGCCGGCUAUUUUACAGACCGCUAUUAAGAGAACUCGUGAUUCGAUCGUCGAGUUUCUAGAACGCUUAAUGCUCAAGAUUUACAAAUUCACCGCGGCUGUUGACAAGGCUCAUUUAAUCAAAGAAGUGAUACCGUUCGGUGUUUUUACAAUGGAGAAUAUAAACUGGACGAUAGAAAUGUUAACGGCCUGUCGGCAACAAGAAAUUUACAUCAGAAAACUACUAAGCGACGCUGAACGCAGCGAGAAAGAGAUCAAAUGUCUCAUGGAACGUCUCCAAGGGCGUUUGUUCAAACUUCACGACACCGUAAGAUACAGGACUGCUAUUCCUACGGUUCAAGUAUACCCGCAGUUCAUCGAUUUGGCCGAUAUAUGGAUGGGUCUCCAGGACGAAGUUAUCAUACUCAGCGGUAUCAAUAAUUUCCUCUGGGAAAUAGAAAAUUUAGGCGCAAGGACGGUGAACGUGUACAAUGAAACGAUAUUGAACGACAUGCUGUGUAACGAAGAGGUUCUCACUGACGCUGACAGAUUGAAACAAUCGAUGGGCCAAUUAAUACUCGAAUGCGGCGACUGUACCAUUUAUUAUCCUAACGAAACUAAGGAUUUCGAGAACAUAAAUCUAGAGUUUCUAGGAUUUUGCGCGUGGAAGUUUGUUAGCGGGCAUGGAGCGUUGGUCCCGGGAAAUCCGAAUAAUGGAGUGGCGAAGUGGAGAGGGAAAUACUAUGUUUUCAGUUCGAGUACGGCAGCAGAAGAAUUUGGAAAAGAUCCGGACAGGCACAUUUACGAGGCUCUCCAUUUCAUACGCAAUCACUUGCAUUAUGCGUACUUGUUUCAAGUGUACGAAGACGUUCAAGCUUUACAAACGCAAGAAGUGGUGUCCGAAGAAGGGGCUCAAUUGAAAACUUGCCAACAUCAAAUGGUUCAAACAGAUGUACAUAUACUUCCAUCCUUUAUCGAUAAAGAAUACAACUGGAACAUCUGGGAACUGAGAAAUAGAGCGUUACAAUUAGCAAGCCUGAGUAAACGUGUAACACACAGCACGCAAACGUAUAAAUCCAACUUCCGAUACGGUAUUUACGUACAAGCAGCUCCGCCCCGUGACAAAGAGGUUCAAACAAGAAGAGAUAACUAUACGAACACUAAGAAACUCUUGACUUAUAUCUUUGGGCUGCGGGGAAGGCGAGAUGACAAUCAACACGUCUUAUCGUUCUUGGAAGACGAACUUGAACAUUUAUAAACGUCCAGCUGUAUGUAUGUACGUGAGAGAGAAACCCGAGUCUCGUAGGAGAAAAGCUGGGUAGGAACGUUCCAGGAUAUCCACACGACAGAAUGAAGCU